AUUCAUCAGACCUAAACCUCACCAUUCAAUAUCUAUGUGAUGUCGUGUGAUUUUAUCUUUCAGUCGAUCCUCUAGCUUACGACUACACGAAGCCUCGUCGGGCCUAGACGGUUUUUCAUGGCCUAGAAGCGCUGUAUUACCGGCUGAAUUGAGGCUAUAUAAAUUUACGAUACUUAGGUAUGAAUGAGCACUAACCGAGUAUAUCUACUGAUGCCUGGUAUUUCGUGCUCGCUCUGGCCCGCGAGCGUCCGUUCCACGACAGCCUGCAGCUUCCAGGCGUCAUUUUUCGCUAUUACUAGAGACCACGAGGUCGUUCGAUAUUGAAUCCUGUCAAAUCCCGGAGCCUUAAAAGAAGCCCUUGUCAUACUUGAUACAUGUACAAAAGGACUGGCCGUCAGCAACUGAUCCAGGGUGGUUCUCCUGUGCUUCAGAACAGUUCCAAGUUUACGGUGUUUGACUAAGCAUCAAAAUGACUUUUACAAUACGCAGUCUCUGGCUCGUUGUAGGUCUCUUUGCCUUGAAAGUUCUGGCUCAGUGCAGCAGUUAUGGUGUUGAUUACGUGAAUGGUGGAUCAUAUGACAUUGAUUCAUCGUCAAAUAAGAAUUUCACCUUUACAACUAUAUUUCAAGGAUGUGAUCAAGAAACUAUAACGCCACUUCUUAUAGAUCCUAAUAACGCUCAGUACCCAUGUUCUGCAGUGAAUACAACACCAGCUGGGCAGCAGGUCACAUCUACAUGUCCAAUCACCUUCUCUGCAAUGGCUUCUGGCCUAUACAAAAUUGUUAUGCAAGGAGAGAACAUUGGCGUCCAGAGGACAAUCGCCUUGACAGCUGGCACACCCGCUACAAUCACUUUUACUGCCACUCCUACUGUGACAGUUGGUAUCACUAGCACCCCUAAUGCUACAACCGUAUAUAAAACUAUUGUUCAGACCCAUACAAGCACUCUGAAACCUGGAACAAUUAAGGCGCCUUGCGAUGGAAUUACACAGACGGUUACUAUUACGCCAGUAGCACCGACCGUGACUACCAUAUACACAAUCACCCGAACAAUCACAGACAAGAAAACCACGAAGCAGACAACGACAACGCUCACAAAAACGGCAUCUUGUCAUUACCUACCAACCCCAACCUUGAUCCCAGAUCCUAUACCUACGAUCUGUAUCGGGCUCGCCUGUAUUCCACCUAUUCUUCCGCCCGGCCUCAUUGGCAAUCCCGGCUCACCCAUUGGUGAUACGGCUUUGGAAACGGGCAAGCCGGAUAAAGUAGCAGCACGGUCUUUAGCAGUGACUACUAUCACAGUUACAGAGACAACUCUUACGGUUACGAGCACGAGUGUCACUACUGUUCCCGCCAAGACAACUACAGAAGAUGUUUACCGAACCAUUACGGCCACGAUAACACCUGUACCUACCACGGUAUGCGACGGUGAGCGACCUCCAGUAACCACGACCGUUACUAGGCCAGUCGGCGUCGUCACGCAAACAGACGUCACUUACGAUACUACGCACAUAAAAGCGACGGUCUGGGUUGGAGUAACCUCGUACAAAACGUCGACAGACAAGGACGUCGCUACUUCUUGCUUGAGCCACGGAGGUUGGUACGGCGCCGACAACUUCAUGCCCACGGCUACGGCUUCGUAGGGUAUUUCCUUUUUCCCCUAUUAGUUGGGACCCACAGUGAGGGAGAGUGCUAGGUUGCGGUCUAGCGUAAGCGGGGUUGAAGAGAGGUCCAAAUUGGUACCUAUAUAUACCAAAAUAAAAGUACAAUCUUUCACAUACGA